GGCUGGGCUGGGUUGGGCACGGCACGGCUCGGCUCGGCACGGCUCGGCUCGGCACCGCUCGGCUCGGUUCGGUUCGGCAAGCUUGGGCAGGCGCCGCGGUCCCCGGAGCCGCAGGGAUGGCGCCCACGGGGACCGAGGCCGCCCUGGCCCACCGGUGAGGUGCCCGUCGCCCGCCCCGAGCCUGGACCACGAUGAACAAACUGCCCUUCCACAACAACAGAGUCAUGCAGGACCGCCGCAGCGUUUGCAUCUUCCUCCCCAACGACGACUCCCUCAACAUCAUCAUCAACGUGAAGAUUUUGUGCCAUGAGUUAUUGGUGCAGGUGUGUGACCUCCUGAGGCUGAAGGACUGUCACCUCUUUGGGCUCAGCGUCAUACAGAACAAUGAGCACGUGUACAUGGACCUGGCCCAGAAACUCUACAAGUACUGCCCCAAGGAGUGGAAGAAGGAGGCCAGCAAGGUCAGCGGUGAGGUCUUGCAUGGAGAGCUGACGGCAGUAAGGCCACCUCUGUCCCCGUUGCAGGGGAUCGACCAGUUUGGCCCUCCCAUGAUCAUCCACUUCCGUGUGCAGUACUAUGUGGAGAACGGCAGGCUGAUCAGUGACCGCACGGCACGUUACUACUACUACUGGCACCUGCGGAAGCAAGUGCUGCACUCGCAGUGCGCGCUGCGCGAGGAGGCCUACUUCCUGCUCACCGCCUUCGCCCUCCAGGCCGACCUGGGCGACUUCAAACGCAACAAGCACUACGGGAAGUACUUUGAGCCCGAAGCCUAUUUCCCUGCCUGGGUGGUUGCAAAGAGGGGCAAAGACUACAUCCUGAAGCAUGUCCCAAACAUGCACAAGGAUCAGUUUGCCCUGACAGCCUCUGAGGCCCACCUGAAGUACAUCAAGGAGGCUGUUCGGCUGGAUGACGUGGCUGUGCACUACUACAGGCUGUACAAGGACAAGAGGGAGGUGGAAGCCUCCCUGACACUGGGGCUGACAACACGGGGCAUCCAGAUCUUCCAGAAUUUGGAUGAAGAGAAACAGCUGCUCUAUGACUUCCCCUGGACAAACGUGGGGAAACUGGUGUUUGUGGGUAAGAAGUUUGAGAUCCUGCCAGAUGGGCUGCCCUCGGCCCGGAAGCUCAUCUACUACACGGGCUGCCCGCUGCGCUCCCGCCACCUCCUGCAGCUGCUCAGCAGCAGCCACCGGCUCUACAUGAACCUGCAGCCUGUCCUGCGCCAGGUCCGCAGGCUGGAGGAGAACGAGGAGAAGAAGCAGUACCGCGAGUCCUACAUCAGCGACACGCUGGACCUGGACAUGGAGCAGCUGGAGAAGCGGUCGCGGGCCAGCGGCAGCAGCGCCGGCAGCGCGCGGCACAAGCGGCUCUCCCGGCACUCCACCGCCAGCCACGGCAGCUCCCACACCUCGGGCAUCGAGGCCGACCCCAAACCCAGGGAGAUGGGGCCCGAGGAUGCCUUCUCGGGUGCCGGCGCCCACCGCAAGCUGAAGACGUGCAGCUCCAUGACGAGCCACGGCAGCUCCCACACCUCUGGGGUGGAGAGCGGGGGCAAGGACCGGCUGGAGGAGGACUCCCAGGAUGAUGAAAUCGAGAUGCUGGUGGAUGACCCCCGGGAGCUGGAGCAGGCUGGAGAGAUGGAGGUGAGCCCUGACAUGUGCGUCUACAUCACGGAGGACAUGCUGCUGUCACGCAAGUUCAACGGGCACUCAGGGCUUAUUGUGAAAGAGAUCAGCUCCUCCACCUCCAGCUCCUCGGAGACGGUGGUGAAGCUCCGAGGGCAGAGCACUGACUCCUUACCACAGACAACGUGCAGGAAACCGAAGACGUCGACGGACCGGCACAGCCUGAGCCUGGACGACAUUCGGCUCUACCAGAAGGACUUCUUGCAGCUGGCCAACCUCUGCCAGGAUACAGCCCAGAGCUACACCUUUGGCUGCCCCCACGGGCUGGAGGAGGAAGGGCUCUACUGCAACGGCUGCUUGGCCCAGCAGUGCAUCAACAUCCAGGAGACCUUCCCCGUCAAAAGAACCAGCAAAUACUUCUCCUUGGAUCUCACCCACGACGAAGUCCCCGAGUUCGUCGUCUGAGCACCAAGGAGGUUGGCUGGGGCUCCCUGGCCUGCCUCGGGGGGCCAUCAACGGCACCAUCCCCCCACCCCCUGCAAGCUGAGGCUGUGGCAACCGCUGCCCUCGGGACGGCCCCGACGGCGGGCGGGAUGGAGAGCCCCAGGCACGGUGAGUGCUGCCGGCGCUCCCCUGCUUCUCCCAGAUGAGUUUGUGCCAAACACAAGUUGGUUUAUUCCCACUGGGAGAAGCACAACUCGUUUGGGCUCACAGAAGCUGACCCGUGGCUUCUUGUUGCCUCAUGGCAAAGCGGCCUCUUCUCCUCCUCGCCCCCCCCAUCCAUGACACCUUGGUGGCAACCGACACCUGAGACAGAAAGUGCCAGACUGUUGUGUUCCAGUCAAGCCAAAGAAAUGUAAAUAAAUACCCUACAGGCCAGUAUGGGGAGAGAGAAUUCAGCAAUAAGCAGCUGGGGCAGGGGGGAUGGACGGCCCAGCCAGCAGCUGCUGCGGCAGAGCGGCAAACCCGGUUCUUCCAAAAACACGUGCCGGAGGUGAGGCCAGAGCGGUUGGUCCCAGCGAGGCCGUGGCAGCUGGGAGCUCGCAGAGACAUCUGCAGCUUGGAUUUCAUUCUUUUUGAGAAACAAAGAGAUAAAAAAAGAGCAACAAAACCCUCCCAAAAAAUAACCCUGCACCAACCCCGCCCAAGGAAACCAAAAGCAAAGGAGGAUGGAAAAGAGUAAGUCACCUGGAAGGAUAUUGCAAUAAUGCAUCCCAAACUUGGAAUAGGUAGAGAUUACAUAUAUAAAUAUAUCAAGGUAUGUAUGUUUAUAUAUGUCUGGAUCUUAUAGACCCAUUUGCAUUUUACUUCUACUCUAAAAAUACCUUUUGAUAGAAAAGACCUGCUUCUCUUCUGUAAUGAACCAUGGGAACAAUCAUAUUGUGGGUUUUCUUUCUAAGCACCAAGGUGAGAAAAUAAGACUUUCCUCUGGAGAAGUAUCUUUAUGCAACUGCCUUGUGAGUGUGGCUCUUCCUGGCACGGGCUCCUGUGGUUCUCACCGAGGCUUUUUCAUGCAUCUUCAAGUCUUUUUACAGUUGGAAUAUUUCUGCAAAAGGAUGAUGGUGAUGUGCUAGAAAACCCCAAGGGUGGCUUCUGAGCGUGCCUGAGGGAAAGCAGCCUGCCCAGGUGUGGUAUUUGCCAGUGGUACUCAGGGGGGUCAAGCAUUACAGCAGCCAAUAUUCACAGCACAAUGCCUUGUUAGUCUGUGUUUUUAAUUAGAGUUUAGGGAUUGACAGACAAAGUUUUGCCAUAUUUUGAUAGGCCACCUGUUUUUUAAACUGGAAACUUUUCUUAUCAAACAAACAAACUAUUAUUAUUUUAUAAAGAAGCACAAUCUUAUUUUUAUAAGAAAUAUUGGGGGAGGGAGCUGAGAAGGGGGAGCUAGUACCAAAAGAAAAGGAGCAUAGUGCAAAGAAACCUCAGUGUGAUGGGGAUGUGGGAGCUGUGAGGGGAGGGAGCAUCAGGCACUGCCAUCCCCACAGCACUUAUCCCAGCACUUCAUCUUGGAUAUUAGGGGAAAAUAAUGUGCGUAGCCAAGUGGUGGCCAACCACAGGAGGCUGGUGACCCCUGAAGCCUCUCUUUAUCCCUCCUAAAGCUGCCCAGGGCAGCUGAGAGAUGCUGCCUGGGGCCUUGGGGCUGUGUGCCCUGGUCACAGGUUUUGGGAGGACCUCAGCAAACACCCCAAAAAUCGCUCUUGUGGGCACAAGGAUGGGAUGCCAGAGUUUGCCAGAGUUUGCCAGCUGCAGCCCCCCAUCCCCGGCCUGGUUUAUGCUGUGCCAGGGGAUUUGUGUGUGUGUGUGUGUGCCAGGAAGGGCUGGUACGGGCAGAAAAACCCCCUAAAUUCAUCCCCAGCCUCUUUUCUCCCCGUUGUACCAGCCCUAUGAGGUGGGGGGGUGAUCCUGCUGGCAUCCCUCUGGGUGCCUUCCCCAGCACCCUCACCCAGUACGCUGCAGAAACACACAGCUGGAGGGAGCAAGGGAGUAAAUUGUGUACAGAAACUCUCGACACUGUUCAGAAAGAAUCAGGACAGGCAGCAAGACCAGGGUCUUUCCCUCUCUUGCCCACCCCUACCCCAUUAUCCCAGGCUGAAGUGUCACAGCCAGGGCUGGAGCAAUGCCAGGGGCUGUGAUGCAGCUUCCCCCUGGGCAAGCAGGAGUGGUGAUGUGUGAGCUGAGCUGGCAGGGCCGUGCUGGGGAGUGGGGGGGGGGGGCACACAGAGGUGCCAUUUAUUGUGCAGGUGGCCACGUGGGGGCUGGGUGGCCGUGCCCUUCGUGCCUCUCCCCCUGCGAUAAUGAGCUAUCUGUCUGCAGGAACGAAAUAGUCCUUUCUGUGAAAGGAUCUUCCCGUCAGGGCGAUGGGAGAGCCAGUGACUGUGUUGCAAAAAAAACCCACCCCUAAACAAACAAACAAACAAACAAUCAAACCCCACAAGGAAAACUAUACGAAAAAAACAACCCCAACCAACCCACAGCAAAAAUCUUUUGUACCAAUGAAGUUCGUUGUGUGCCUUUUGCGGUACGGCUGGAAAUGACAAUAAAGUGACAGUUGUUUGCAUUA